UUCUUCUUCGUUCUUUCUUUCUUAAGCCCUGUGAAAGUAAAUGGGUUGCGUGGCUCCGCUGUCUGCCCUUUAACUCCACGUGAUAGACUUCUCUCACCCAAAAUCCCAAACCUUUAAAACUCAAUAAAAGAACAAAUUUUCCAUACUAAUUUCAUACUUCAGAAAGGUUUCAUCAGUUUUUUUUUUUUAAUUUUAAAUCGGCAAAUAUGUAUAGGCUGUGAUUGGGGAUGGCGGUGUUAUUGGAAGACAUUGUACAAUCAGUGGAGAUGUGGUUGAAGCUGACAAAGAAACCGCAACCCUACGUUGACCCGAAUCUCGACCCGGUUUUGUUAGUUCCGGGUAUUGCCGGGUCGAUUUUGAAUGCCGUGGAUUCUCAGAAUGGGCAAGAAGAGCGCGUAUGGGUUCGGAUUCUCGGUGCUGAUUAUAAGUUUCGGACCAAGCUCUGGUCUCGUUUCGAUCCUUCUACUGGUAGAACUGUAUCCUUAGAUCCAAGCACAAGUGUUAAAGUUCCUGAAGAAAGAUAUGGACUUUACGCCAUCGAUGUCUUGGACCCUGACAUGAUCAUCGGACGCGAGUGUGUUUAUUACUUCCAUGAUAUGAUUGUUGAAAUGAUCAAGUGGGGUUUUCAAGAAGGGAAAACUCUUUUUGGCUUUGGUUAUGAUUUUCGCCAAAGUAACAGGUUGCAAGAAACAUUGGAUCGCCUGGCAGCAAAAUUAGAGUCGGUGUACAAAGCUUCAGGAGGGAAAAAGAUAAAUAUCAUAAGUCAUUCUAUGGGCGGCCUUCUGAUAAAAUGUUUCAUGGGCCUUCACUGUGAUAUUUUUGAGAAAUAUGUGAAGAAUUGGAUUGCAAUUGCUGCACCAUUCCGGGGUGCACCUGGAUAUAUUGCUUCUACCUUUCUAAAUGGAAUGUCAUUUGUUGAUGGGUGGGAACAGAACUUUUUCAUUUCAAAGUGGAGCAUGCAUCAAUUGCUGAUUGAGUGCCCAUCGAUAUAUGAGUUAAUGGCUUGUCCGCAUUUCCAUUGGCAACAUAUUCCACUUCUUGAGAUCUGGAGGGAGGAAGAAAGUUGUGACGGAAUUUCUCGGAUUAUUCUAGAGUCCUAUCGCCCAGGAGAAAGCAUUGAUAUUUUUAAGGAAGCUCUUUCAGGCAACUCGGUUGAUUAUAAUGGGGAGAAUAUUCCACUACCCUUCAAUUUGGAGAUUUUGAAAUGGGCUAAAGAGACACACAAGGUGCUGUCUCAUGCUAAGGUUCCUUCUGGAGUUAAAUUCUACAAUAUAUAUGGGAUCAAUCUUGAGACACCACACAGCAUUUGCUAUGGAAGUGAGGAGACACCUGUCACAGAUAUACUUGAUUUACCGUUUUUUCAGGCAGAUGGACUCCAUGCAGAAGCAAGGGUUGGAGUCCCUGCUGAGCACCGGGGAAUUCUUUGUGAACCUCAUGUAUUUCGAAUUCUCAAGCACUGGUUGCAGGCAGGUGAUCCAGACCCUUUCUACAACCCAGUAAACGAUUAUGUGAUUUUACCGACAGCAUUUGAAACGGAAAGUCACCAUGAGAAAGGCUUACAAGUUACUUCACUCAAAGAGGAAUGGGAAAUUGUUUCUGAAGAUCAAGACGAUCCUGAUGAUAUGGCUAGUAGAAGGCCAUUUGUUAGCUCAAUAUCUGUUUCACAAGGGGGAAAUAUGCAAUCCUCAAGGUCUGAGGCUCAUGCAACUAUCAUUUGUCAUCCGCAAAAUGAAGGUAAGCAACGCCUUGAGCUAAAUGCUGUAGGUGUCUCUGUUGAUGCCUAGAAUUGGAUUGUUGAACUCAAUGAAA